CACGCUGCGCGAGAGUGCGUGCGAGAAUCGAAGAGCGAGAGCAGGAAUCGCAGGAAAUCGAUGCAAGCAUCGCCGGCAGAUUGUCCACUGGCCACGCACUGCAACACUUGGCACAGAUGUGUCCGCACCGCAUCGCCGUGGCCGCAUCCAUCACACACUGCUGGAUGUGAAGUUUCAAGCUUUGCAAGGAACGGAGCGGCGGGCGCUGCGCGGCGCGGCACUUCGUGUAGUUGCGCCGUCCAGUUGUGUCUGCAGUGAAGACCCAUCCAGGAUCCUAGUCUUAGUUGUUGUUGAUUGGACUCACUGAGUGCAUUGCCACUGUGUGUAGUGUCUCGAGGGUCUUCUGUUUCGUCGGAGUUUAGCUUAGGGGUUUUGUUGCUGGCGGAGCGGUACUGCUCACGGUUUUUUUUUGUAAGCCUAGUUUUGGUGGCAAUGGCGGCAGCGAUGGGAAGCGCCGCUCAGGUUAUGUUGCUGGGUUUGCAACCGGUUGGGGCGGUCAGCCAAGCGGCUGCUCCAGUUUGUGUGAGAGUCGCGGUUGGACAGCAGAGGGAUACGAGGGGGACCGUGGGAGGAAGCGGCGGUGUUUUUCAGGCGAGGCUCGGAGGUGGUGGUGGUGGUGCCGGUGUGUUGGAGCGACCGAAGCUGGACCAGAGCGGCUCCGACACGACUCCCAGGACUGAAGAAGGAGGGGAGAGUGGUAGAGCAGCGCAGCGGAACCGAACAGGUGGCGGCGAGCGCUACCGCGUGCUUCUUCUCGACCAUGAACGUCACACUGAAACAUACGUUGCAAAAGCUCUCACCAAAGCGGUGCCUAACAUCACAGCUGAGCAGGCGAGGAAGUGCUUCUUUGAAUCACGGCUUAUCGGCAAGUCCGUGGUUAUGGUGGCUGUGAAGGAGCACGCAGAGAUGCACGCUUUUAGCAUGGCUCGCUAUGGCCUUCGCUCAACUAUUGAACCGGACGGGAGUGUCAUGUAAUCUCGACUUUCGACGCGGUAUCUCCAUGUCAAGAGCACGACUACCUAUUCGAUGUAUUCUAUUCAGCACUCAGUCUAGAUCCAAUAUUCGUCUGCACUCCCGGGAAUGGAUAGACGAGCUAGAGUGUGCUUUGGUUAUUUCUACAUUCGAGUGUGAAGAACAGUUUCGAUUUAGUAACGGUUUCGAGAAUUUUUCCACAGUGACCACGGAUCUGUAUUUACUGGGAGAUACUUCCCUAUAUAUGAGAUACACUAUUUUUUUGUGCAAGUUUUAUGUCCACAGUCGUGACCCAUGAUGGGCAAGGCAUGUGACACUACCGAGUAGUGGAAUAAACGAGUGCUCUGUGUUUUUUUCAGACC